AUGCCUCCAGCAAAUAGCAUAAACAUUUCGGCAUUCCGCCUGCUCCGAACCAGCCUACUCCACCAAAUCCGCGAAUUUUUCACCCUCUCCACCCUACAUGGUGUACGAUUCAUUGCCGAACGUGGACGCCCGGCUUGGGAAGGAUUCUGCUGGUUCUGUGUGGUGGCCGCUAGCUUCGUCACAACACUAAUCAUCAUCCUAAAUCUGUGGGACAAGUUUCAAACCAAUCCAACCAUUACCGGUCCCGAUACGGGCAGUCGGGUCAAUAGAACCCACUUUCCAACCGUGGGUAUCUGUCCGCAUGAACCAUUCGAUCCGGAUCGAGUUCUUCGGUUCGCGAAAUCAGUGAGUAAUAGUUCCGACGAGGAUCAGGUAAAGAAACUGAUGGACGUUACUGAGUUGCUGUCACAAGUGUCUUACAAUCGAAUGAAGGAAACUGAUGUCGCUUUGAGGGGAAAGCCGAAGAAAUUGUUAAGCCUGGUAGGGGAUCUUCGGCAGAAUUUAUUCAACGUGGCAAUCGGAUGUAACGAGACGGUGAAAAAUUGUUGGUUCCGGAAUAAGCCGCUAGAAUGCUGUGAGCAUUUCAAACUGAUCUUCUCCGAGCGGGGUCUCUGCUUUGCAUUUAAUGCCAGGUUCUUCGAUACACCGAAAAGAUGGUAA